AACUUGAAUUGAUGCAGUUAAAGUAGGGACAGAUGACUGUUGCUGAGUAUACUAGCAGGUUUGAGGAGUUAUGUCGCUUUUCUCGUAUUUGUCAAGGUGCGCCUGAUGAUUUUGCUGAGUGGAAAUGUAUUAAGUAUGAGGGAGGUCUUCGAAGUGAUAUUCUGAGCUUCGUUGCACCAAUGGAGAUCAGAGUGUUUUCAGAACUGGUAAACAAAAGUAGAGUUGCUGAGGAUUGUCUGAGAAAGGCGACAUCAGAUAAGAGUGAUCAGCGAAUUUUUGUUAGGAGAGAUCAGGGAAGGAACUUCGCCCCUAGAGGACAAGAUUUUAAGCGAGGCGGUUACAACCCACAACCACAUUUGGGUCAGAAUAACUUCCAGAGAUUCAGUAAUAAUAACAGCCAGGGAAGAGGCAAAGGAAAGCAAGCUCAGACCCCAUCGAAUGAUUUAACUUGUAGGAGGUGUGGAAAGUACCACCCGAAUACUCCGUGCAGGGCUGGUUUAGGUGUAUGCUAUUACUGUGGUGAAGCUGGGCAUUUGUCUUGGAAUUGUCCAGAAAAGAAGAAGAAUCAAGAAGCUGAAAAGGCACAACAUCAGGGACGCGUGUUCACUAUGACAGCGGAUGGUGCUGGAACCGCAGAUACUCCGAUUAGAGAUGCAGGUCAAGAGACACCUCGUUGAGCGUCUGGGUAUCCUCCUUACAAGCGAAGAACUACCUUUUUGACUGUCAUAUUUUGAUUUUGGGCUAUGU